GGGCGGGCUAUAAGAGGCGGCGGCGGCGGCAGCAGCGCCGAACUGCCCGUGCUGGCGGCGGGAGCAGGGGCAGGGGCGGCAGCAGCAGCGCUGGGGCACCGCCGCAAUGAAGUCGCCUCAGGGCCAGCGGCCGGCGGGUCAAGCUCUGAGUGAGGACGGCGGCGGGGGCCUGGCCGAGGCGCUGGGGGAGUUUGACACCGUGCUGGCCGAGCUCUCCUGCCCCGCCGGCCGGCGCCGCUUCCACUACAGCGAGCACCUGGAGCGCAUGAAGCGGCGGAGCAGCGCGAGCGUCAGCGACGGCAGCGGCCUCAGCGACUCCGAGAGUGCAGAUUCACUCUACAGAAAUAGUUUCAGCCUCAGUGAUGAAAAGCUCAACUCUCCAACUACAUCUACUCCAAGCUUGCCAUCUCCAUCAGUAACUCCAUGUAAAGCAAAGCUUGGAGACACGAAAGAACUGGAAGACUUCAUUGCUGAUCUUGACAGGACACUAGCAAGUAUGUGAAGGAUAAGUGACAUCAGUCUGAGACUGAGAACUGCUGCCCUUGUCUGAUAACUUUGCUACCCAGGAUAUUUACCUUCUGAACAUAACCUUUGUGAAUUCCUACAAGUAUUUAACUGGUAACAUCAGUUUUGUGACUCUGCAGCAGAUGGUAUAAGACAAUUCAAGCAUUACAGCUGUAUUUUACUUUAAAAUAUAGCUUGAAUUUUAAUUUAAAUUUGCUUUUAUGAAAAUAUUUGUUAUUUUAUAUAGUUGAGAACUUCUAAUGCUUUUUGCCAUAUAAUAUAUUUUUGUAUGCAAAUAAACCCUGAACUGGAAUCCAGGUGUCCGAAAGCUUCAUGUGAGCAUGCGAACUCUGAAACAGAAGUACAAAUUAAGGUCAAGCUUUAAAUUAUCUGAUAAAGGCAUAUUACCUGUUAGGCAAAAUGCUAUGCUGGCUUCAUGUGGAAUCUCCUAUUUUUCUUUUUAAAUUGCUUAAAUAAGAGAAUUUUGUACUAUGUAAAAUUAAUAUAAUCAGAAAAAUAAAAAUAUUGUUCAAACUGCUA